AAGAGGAGGAGGACGCGCGGUCAUUACGCACGGUUAUUACGCACGGCUUUUUUUACGCACGGCUCCGCCACGGCCAGGACGCGUUCCACCAUGAUGCUGCUGGCCAGAUCUGCUCUCCUGGCCGCGCUCGCGCUCUCCCUCGCGAUGGCCUGCGGCCCGGGCCGGGGAUACGGGCGCCGGAAGCACCCCAAGAAGCUCACGCCGCUCGCCUACAAGCAGUUCAUCCCGAACGUGGCCGAGAAGACGCUGGGCGCGAGCGGUCGGUACGAGGGCAAGAUCACGCGGAAUUCCGAGCGCUUCAAGGAGCUCAUCCCCAACUACAACCCUGACAUCAUCUUUAAGGACGAGGAGAACACGGGCGCGGACCGCCUCAUGACACAGAGGUGCAAAGACAAGCUGAACUCUCUGGCCAUCUCCGUGAUGAACCAGUGGCCCGGGGUGAAGCUGAGGGUCACUGAAGGCUGGGAUGAAGACGGGCAUCAUUUUGAGGAAUCUCUGCAUUAUGAAGGCCGGGCCGUGGACAUCACCACCUCCGACCGAGACAAGAGCAAAUACGGAACGCUCUCCAGACUGGCGGUGGAAGCCGGAUUCGACUGGGUUUAUUACGAGUCCAAAGCCCAUAUCCACUGCUCCGUUAAAGCAGAAAACUCAGUGGCUGCAAAGUCCGGUGGCUGUUUCCCCGGUUCUUCACACGUGCGGCUGAAGGACGGCAGGCAGAAGGCCCUGAAGGAUCUGAAGCCGGGAGAUUCGGUUCUGGCGGCGGAUGAAUCGGGGAACCUGGUCUAUAGCGACUUCAUCAUGUUCACAGACCGAGAUCCUUCCACCAGACGGGUUUUCUACGUGAUAGAAACCAAAGCACCUGUUCAAAAGAUCACUCUUACUGCAGCCCACCUGAUCUUCAUCCUCAACAACUCCACACAGAGCACUCAGGCUAAUGCUAACUACGCUAAUGGUGCCCAGGCCAUGGUCAUGACCUCCACCUUCGCGAGCAACGUCGUACCCGGACAGAAGGUGCUGGUGGUGGACAGGAACGGAGGUCAGCUGAACCCUGUGGUCGUGGAGAGGAUAUACAUGGAGGAACACCAAGGCUCCUACGCACCGGUGACAUCACACGGCACCAUUGUAGUGGACCAGGUGUUAGCAUCUUGCUACGCCGUCAUCCAGGACCACUGGUUAGCGCACUGGGCCUUCGCCCCGGUCAGGUUAGCCCACAGCCUGUCCUCCUUAUUACUCCCACAAAGCUCCCAGCCUUCAAACUCCACCACACAGCUGGACGGCAUCCACUGGUACUCCCGGCUACUCUACCGGAUGGGAACUUUCCUCCUGGAUAAGCAGGAGCUCCAUCCGCUGGGGAUGCCAACCAUGCCAACGUCCAGCUGAAAAAGACUCUUCUGGACUCAAAGCAGGACAUUCGCAACUAAUGUAGGAUAUAAGACUUUACUAGAGUAUAAAACAAAGAGAGAAAGAGAGAAAAGCCCUGAGAAGAGGUGGGAUAUUUAUUUCACUGACUUUUACUUUUAUCAUUUAAAAAAAA